AUGGCAUCCGUCAUUCCACCCAACGCGACAAAGCUUGUCAAAUUCACCGAUCAAGUGGCUGGACACGAUCGACUACUUCGAUUCUCGACACACGACCUUAUGGUGAUCAAACCAGCGACCAGAAAGGAAAUCGACUUUUACGAAGAAGCUCAACAACGUCCCGAUUUCGAGUGCUGGAUUCCCAAGUGUUUUGGCAACUUGCAUAUGGCAACCGAUUCAGAACUGGCAAUGUUACGUGAACAGCAUAUAAAUGAUGCAGAGCUAUCAGAGACUCUUCUCAAGGCUUCCUCUACCACCGAUGCUGAUACACCAUUACAAGAUCAUCGACCUAGCGACUCCCAAGGACGAUCUUUGGAUGAUAUCCUUUGUUCUAUCAUUGAAUGGAAUAAUCUAUGUUUAGAAAACGUGCUGCAUGGUUUUACACGUCCGUGCGUUCUCGAUCUCAAAUUGGGCACCCGGUUAUACGAUGAUGAUGCGACACCAGAGAAACGGGAGAAGAUGCAAAAGAAUGCCAAAGGAACCACCUCUGAAGAACUCGGGAUUCGUAUAUCAGGAAUGAAGGUCUACAAUACCAUUGAUCGUACAUGGGCUAUUUAUGACAAGCAAUUCGGUCGUUCUCGAACAGCUGACACGAUUUUGGAUGGUCUAUUAUCGUUCUUUUUCCCUACAUCAGCCUACGCCAAAGCCAAUGAUCCAGUGAUUGUGCAGGAUGAAGAACAAGAGAAGGACAUUGGUGGUAGCAGCAGCAACAAUGACAGCAAUCGAAAGCGUAUUUCGGGUACCAAGAUGAAUUGGAUUUUGGAGAACCUUCUCGACGAUAUUGGGUCCAUUCGUGAAUACGUUGAGGAGCAUCCCGAGUUGGAGAUGUACUGUGCAUCGCUAUUGAUGGUGUUCGAAGGUGAUAAGGAGGCAGCAGAUACGACAUGGAAAAGUAUGUUGCAAAAGGAUCGGCAAGAAAAGACACGAGCACUGGAAGAAGGAGAGAAUGAGGAAGAGGAGGAGGAUGAAGAAGAAGAACCAAAGCUAUGCGAUGUACGGCUGAUUGACUUUGCACACUCGAGGUGGGAUGCCAAUAGACAAUCACAAGAUGAGGGUCUUUUGAAAGGAUUAGAUAAUAUUAUGACUUUAUUGGAAAAGUGUAUGGAAAAGCAAUCAAAUGAAAAUCUAUAA